AUGAUAGGGCGUUCACUUGAGAGGAUGUUCGAUAUCAGUCGUGUAGCACACACCAGACCGAAUAUGCGCUGGCGCGUCGCUCUUCUCGUCGCUAUAGCCUGCUUUUUAACAAUUCAGGCAUGUGAACCAGGUGAAAUGCAAAAUGGGUGCAAAAUAUUUGGAACGGCGUGCACGUGUGGGUACGGGUGCAAAACUGAGUUUAUAUAUAGAACGAGGAGAGCCUGCCUCAACGCUUUGUGGGAACGGAGUUCAAACGUAUGCUCCCGACUACCGUGUUCGAGAGGAAUAUGCACGCAGACGGCGCAAGACCCAGGGUUUGCCUGCAAAUGCGAGGGCACCGGGUUCUAUGGACAGCGAUGUGAAAAAGCAUGUCCUACAGUUGCAGUACAUGGCCUGGUGUUCCCACAUGAGUGCAUCGUUAUU